CCCUCGGCUCCCGCCGCGCAGGCAGCUGGUCUGGGAGCCUGUGGCCGGGGCCCUGGCGUGCAGUGCGGGCCUCGGCGGGCCCCAGCGGCCGGGCCCGGGAGGAUGUGUCCCGGGGCGGCCCGAGAGCUGAGCAGGGCCCCCGCGCCAGACCCGAGCCCCGGCCUCACGAGCUGCAGCCGCCGCCCCGCCCCCGAGAGACAUGACUUCCAAGCCGCAUUCCGACUGGAUUCCCUACAGUGUCCUAGAUGAUGAGGGUAGCAACCUGAGGCAGCAGAAGCUUGAUCGGCAGCGGGCCCUGCUGGAGCAGAAGCAGAAAAAGAAGCGCCAGGAGCCCCUGAUGGUACAGGCCAAUGCAGAUGGGCGGCCCCGGAGCCGGCGGGCCCGGCAGUCUGAGGAGCAAGCACCCCUGGUGGAGUCCUACCUCAGCAGCAGCAGCAGCAGCACCAGCUACCAAGUUCAAGAGGCCGACUCACUUGCCAGUAUGCAGCUGGGAGCCUCCCACCCUCCAGCACCAGCCUCAGCCAAGAGAACCAAGGCCGCAGCCGCAUCAGGGGGCCAGGGUGGGGCCUCUAGAAAGGAGAAGAAGGGAAAGCACAAAGGCAUCUCUAGCAGCAUGAGCUUUGAUGAGGAAGAAGAUGAGGAUGAAAACAGCUCUAGCUCCUCCCAGCUAAACAACAACACCCGCCCCAGCUCGGCCACUAGCAGGAAGUCCAUCAGGGAGGCAGCCUCCGCACCCAGCCCAACAGCUCCAGAGCCACCAGUGGAUGUUGAGGUCCAGGAUCUGGAGGAGUUUGCACUGAGGCCAGCCCCCCAGGGUAUCACCAUCAAAUGCCGCAUCACUCGGGACAAGAAGGGGAUGGACCGGGGCAUGUACCCCACCUACUUUCUACAUUUAGACCGUGAGGAUGGCAAGAAGGUGUUCCUCCUGGCUGGAAGGAAGAGAAAGAAGAGUAAGACUUCCAAUUACCUCAUCUCUGUGGACCCAACAGACUUGUCUCGGGGAGGGGACAGCUACAUUGGGAAAUUACGGUCUAACCUGAUGGGCACCAAGUUCACUGUUUAUGACAAUGGUGUCAACCCUCAGAAGGCAUCGUCCUCUACACUGGAAAGUGGAACCUUGCGCCAGGAGCUGGCAGCUGUGUGCUAUGAGACAAACGUCUUAGGCUUCAAAGGCCCUCGGAAGAUGAGUGUGAUUGUCCCAGGCAUGAACAUGGUUCACGAGAGAGUCUGUAUCCGUCCCCGCAAUGAGCAUGAGACACUGCUAGCACGCUGGCAGAAUAAGAACACGGAGAGUAUCAUCGAGCUGCAGAACAAGACGCCAGUCUGGAAUGAUGACACGCAAUCCUAUGUACUCAACUUCCAUGGGCGUGUCACUCAGGCUUCUGUGAAGAACUUCCAGAUCAUCCAUGGCAAUGACCCGGACUACAUCGUCAUGCAGUUUGGCCGUGUAGCAGAGGAUGUGUUCACCAUGGAUUACAACUACCCACUGUGUGCACUGCAGGCCUUUGCCAUUGCUCUGUCCAGCUUCGACAGCAAGCUGGCCUGCGAGUAGAGGCCUCCUCUAUCUUUGGGGUGGCCCAACCUGGAGUGGAGCUUGCCUGCCUGCCUGCCUGUGGAGACAGCCCUGCCCGCCCUCUUGUUCACAGGCCUUCUGCCAGAAGCUGUGGCCUUAGCAGGAUCCCUGGCCUUGCCAACCAGAAACUGGCUGUUCUGCCUCUGCCACUGGUGAGGGUAUAGUGAGUGGGUACAAAGGACAAGAGUGCUCCUGUUCCUAAUGGUCCACACACGUGCCCACUCUGGGGUCGGCCACACUGGCAGACCUCCUCAGCCAGAAGGCCAGAGGAGGGACGGGGAGGAAGCACAAGCAGGGAUGCUGUGGCCCAGCCAUCCACUCAGCAGCCCAAGUCAGGACAGUGGGUGCCCCAUAGGUAGGAGUAGUGAGUGUUUGUGUAGGUAUAGGGCACAUGGACUUCAUGUAGUAAAGGGUUU